GUCACAUUAAAGGGGCAAAAGAAAGAAUUAACGAAGUUAACAUAACCCUGAGCCUGUCGCAUGAGGUUACUGGGUAAGCCCCUCCCUGCCAUGAGAGCUGACCACCAGGUCGCCACCCCCCCCUCCUUCUGCAGUUGAUGGAUCUGCAGCUGGUCCAGAGAUGACAGACAGCGUCAGGGCCUUCCUCCGCAAUGUUGCGACGGGGAUCAAGGACUCCAUAUUGGGGAUUGGAACAAUCUCCAAGCUGGAUGCCCGCAUCCAGCAGAAAAGGGAAGAGCAGCGGAGGAGAAGGGCCAGUGGGGCCCUGGCACAGAGACGGGCACAGAGUGAAGAGCGCAAACCGGACAAUGAACCCAAAGUAGCCAGCAGGAUUUUUCAGUGCUGUGCCUGGAAUGGAGGAGUGUUCUGGCUCAGUCUGUUUCUCUUCUACCGGGUGUUUAUCCCACUGCUGCAGACUCUCACAGCAAAAAUCAUCGGUGACCCAUCCCUCCAUGGCAGUGUGUGGUCCUGGUUAGAGUUCAUCCUGACCUCCGUCUUCAGUGCUCUCUGGGUUCUCCCUCUGUUCGUCCUCAGCAAGAUAGUCAACGCCAUCUGGUUCCAGGAUAUAGCUGACCUAGCAUUCGAAGUGUCUGGCUGUAAAGCGCAGCCGUUCCCCAGCGUCAGUAAGAUCAUCGCAGACAUGCUCUUUAACCUCCUUCUCCAGGCACUCUUCCUCAUUCAGGGUAUGAUUGUUAGCCUCUUCCCCAUCGAUGCCAUUGGACAGAUGGUUAGCCUCCUCCACAUGUCUCUGCUCUACUCCCUGUACUGCUUUGAGUAUCGCUGGUUCAACCAUGGCAUUGAGAUGCACCAACGGCUGUCCAAUAUUGAGAGAAACUGGCCCUAUUACUUCGGCUUUGGUUUGCCAAUGGCUCUGCUGACCGCCCUGCCCUCCUCAUACAUCAUCAGUGGCUGCUUGUUCUCCAUCCUCUUCCCUUUGUUCAUCAUCAGCGCUAAUGAGGCCAAGACGCCAACAAAGCUGUACCACUUCCAGCUGCGUCUCUUCUCCCUGGUUGUGCUGAUCAGCAACAAGCUUUUCCACAAGACGGUCCACCUGCAGUCCUCCCUGACGUCGUCCACCUCCUCAGAGAGGCUGUCGUCCCCCCACACCUCCCCGACCCGCCAGAGACCUCUGCCCACCCAGUGAUGGAUCACUUGAAGGAGACAGAAAAACAGUUGAUGAGUGACUUCACUCAGUGUGGUUCCCCUUAAUGAAGAUGGUGUGCGGUUUAGGACAAAGGGUUUACAUGUUUUUAUCUAAUCUCGGGCCCUCUGGUUCCUCAUUUUGCGGCACCACCCCCCCAGACACAUUUUCAGUGUGACACAAAAAUCGACUGCCCGGUGCCUCACACUCAAAACACAUUAUAUACUCAGCUCUCGACUUCUUUUGUGAAUUUUCUUUUAUUGUAUUUUUUUUUUUGUAUAAUGUGCCAUUUGAGUGACUCUCCUUUAAUAAAUGACAGCACAAGAAGGCAUGUAGUUUUUGAUAUGUUUAAACAAAGUUGUGACUAAAGAAGGAUGGUUUUUAACCUUGAAGGGCCUUGUUUGCAUUUAGAAGCAAAGCACAGUCAGUUUUCCCUACACUACAUGUUUUCUUGAUGUUGCAAGUCACAUUCCUUCCUCACAGAUUGAAUGCUUUCUUGCACACCGAUACGUUUCUCUGUUGAACGAAGGUUUCCUAGCAGUUCUGGGAAUAACAUAUAGUUAAAAAGGGAGGCUUUUUUAUCUUGUAAGAGCUUUGUUUUUCGUAGAAUAUACAAAUCGGUUCAAGAGCUGCUAUAGAAUGGAUUGGUGACCUUUAUUAAUGGAAACCAAAUAACAAAGUCACUCUUGUGUGUUGACUCAAGAUUUGCUCGAGUCUCUCAUGCCACAGUAAAAUUUCUCUGCACUGUCUGAUGAGAUGUAGAUGUUGCAAAUCACGAGGCGACACCAGCAAAGGAAAAAGCUGCCUAAGCGUUUUCAGUCUGUGUGAAUUUAGUAGGUGAUAGGUGAAAUGACACUGCCAAACUGCUGCAUCUCUGUUUUGUUUAUUUCACACCAACCACUGCAAUGCUAAGCUCUAUAAUAAAGGAAGGAGUCACAUAGUCUUUAUAUCUUAAGAAAUGGGUGAUCAGCCUUGACACGCUUGCUCUAGUUUCCCCCCAGAGAGCUGAAGCGAAAACAGAUCAUCGGCUGGUUUUUGUGCUGUAUAUAUAAUGUUAAUACAUCCUGAAUGUUCAACAAGCCCGCCACCAUGCAGUGACCCAGUCACCAACCUCUCUCUCACACAUCACAGCUCAUGGCCCUGGGGAGGGGUUGUGAUUUUGAAACGGUGUGCAAUUGUAAGAGGAGCAUAGUGUUUGUGUGGACUGAUAUAUGUGAGUGAGAUUUUGUAAAAGUAAUACGUCUAAUUUCAAUAAAAUUGGUCAGUAUUCAAUA